ACCGCGGGACCGCGGAGGCCGCGGCCGCUCCGUCCUCGCGUAGGCCUCGCCCCGCCCUUGGCGCCGCCUUCUGACGUCACGCCGCGGCGCGGCGCGAUGACGCCGGCAGGAAGGCGAAGGGCUGCGCGACGGUGAGUUAGAGAAGAGCUGUAAACGAUGGCUAUGGCACUAAGGUGCUUCCGUCAUCUGCCUUCCCUGCUUUAUCGUUCUUUGUUCACAACGAUACGGGGGCUGCCGCAGGCUCCUGCAGGCUGCCCAGCCCUGCUCCUGGAUGGUUGCAGGCAGUGUGUCCAUCAGAUGCUGCUGACCAGACAGCUAGCUACCAAAAAAGCUAAAGGUAAAGGGCAGAGUCAAGCCAGAGUGAAUAUCAGUGCUGCCCUAGUUGAGGAUAUUAUCAAUUUGGAGGAAACCAAUGAAGACAUGCAGGCAGUGGUAGAAGCUCUGAAAGAAGAUUUCAGCAGAAAUCUCAGUGUUAGAACGUCACAAGGGGCCCUUGAUCACAUAAUCGUGAUGACUAAAGAUGGGAAGUUUCCGCUGAACCAGCUGGGGCAGAUCUCACAGAAGUCACCGCAACUCAUUAUAGUGAACAUGACCAAUUUUCCAGAGAGCACAGCUGCAGCUACGAAGGCUAUAAGGGAGAGCGGCAUGAACCUGAACCCAGAAGUGGACGGGACAAUAAUUCGGGUGCCAAUUCCUAAGGUAACGAGAGAGCACAGGGAGAGCCUGGCCAAGCUUGCCAAGCAGUCUAACAACAAGUCCAAAGAGGCCCUGAGAAAGGUGCGAAGCAAAAGCAUCAACCAGGUAAAGAAGUUCAAGAACAAAGUGUCUGAAGAUACCAUCUGGCUGCUAGAAAAGCAGAUCCAGCAAAUGGCAGACAGCGCUGCGGCAGAGAUGGACAAGCUGCUGGCAGCGAAGACCAAGGAGCUGCUUGGAUAAGCGCCAUCCCGAUGGACACACUCCCUCCCUCGAGCAAGAACGGACUGCCACGCACCCCAGUGGCCAUCCCUGCCUGGAGUCAGCGGCCUCGGGUGACGGGCAGGGGUGGCUUUGCCAGACCUCCGGAGCAGCUCUGUGCUUCGGCUGCUCCCAUUCCCCACCUUGGAUUGUACUGGAGGGAGGGGGGAACUCUCCUCGCUGUUCUUCAUUUAGGUGGCAACAGAUUUGGGUGAACUACGAUGAAAAAUAAUACAGCAGGAAGGAGGACUGGAUGGUGCUGGAAGGGCUCCCACACAGAAGCAAAGGCACAGG